AUGAAACUGCUUCUUUUGUGCCUACUUAUACUCGUCCCGUCCUUACUGGCUUCAGAAGCCUGGGAUUCUUUUAAAAAAACUUACAACAAGUCCUAUGCAAAUCCGCGCGAAGAAAAUUUCCGCAAACUAGUAUUUCUGGAAAGAUUGAAGCUAAUUGAAGAACAGAACAGAAAGUUUGAGCAAGGACUCUCCUCUUUCUCGGUGGCAAUCAAUCAGUUUGCUGAUUUGACAAAAGGAGAACUUACUAAACCAAGUCGUAUACAAGCAAGUGAAACCGUCGAGAAAAAGCCAUCCUCUAGGACUUCAAGAACUGAAGAUGUACCCAAUAGCAUCGACUGGAGAGACUAUGGAGUAAUAACACCAAUUGCAGAUCAAAUGUUUUGUGAAUCGUGCUGGGCCUUUGCAGUUGUGGGCACUGUGGAGGCUCACAUGGGAAUUUACCACCAACAAAACGUCAGUCUGAGUCAGCAGAAUCUGGUAGAUUGUGUAGACCUCAACUUCACCUGUGGCCAAUCUCUAGAUAGAGGCAUGGUCGAGAAGACUUACCAAUACAUAAUCGAUAACAAUGGAAUUGAUACCGUUGAGUCGUACCCGUAUGAAUCUUACACUGUAGGAACUUGUCGGUUCAGUUCUAAAAACGUUGGGGCUACAAUUGCAGGUUAUGUUAACAUUACAGAAGGCGAUGAGGAUGAACUAAAAACCGUUGUCGGUACUAUUGGACCAGUUACUGUUGUUAUUACCACUGAUUACAUGUGGACUAGUUAUCGAGAUGGUGUCUAUUAUAAUGAAGACUGCAUGAACACUAGUGAAAUUUUUAACCAUGUUGUGGUAAUUGUUGGGUAUGGGAACGAAAAUGGCGAAGACUACUGGUUAGUUAAGAAUUCUUGGGGGACUUGGUUUGGACAGGAAGGCUACAUUAAAAUGGCCAGGAAUAGAGACAACAACUGUGGAAUUGCAUCCAUUGCACGUUAUCCAAUUAUGUAA